AUGGUGCCAGCAGGCGCCUCUGCCGCUGUGCGCAUCCGCUUCAGCCCCGAGGAGAACAAGGAUUAUUCCCACCAGCUCAUCUGCAUGACUACCAGUGAAAGGAUCGUGGUGCCAAUUCGGGCCAUUGCUGCCCGAGCUGUCCUGGACUUCCCUGAGCAGCUGGACUUCUCCAGGUGUCCAGUCAAGAGCAGCACCCAGAAGACUGUGCUGCUCCGCAACACUGGGAACCUGGAAGCUCGUUUCCAGCUGAGCACCCAGAGUCCUUUCUCCGUGGCUCCGGCCGCAGGAGCUCUGGGCGCUGGUGACACCGUGCAGGUGACAGUGGGAUUCCACGCGCUGACGGCCGGUGACCAUUGCGGGUGCCUGGCAGUGUGCUGCAGCACAGGUGAAGAGAGAAUCCAAACACACCUCAAAGGAGAAGCUGUGGAUGUCAACGUUGGGUUGAGCACAAGUUCUGUGGAGAUGGACAAGACUUUGAUCACCAUGUCAAGCCACAGAACUGUGUUCAUUGAAAACAGGAGUAACAUCACAGCCCACUUCCAGUGGAAGGCUUUUCCUAGUGAGGAAGAAGAGGAUGAAGAGAAGAGGAGGCAGUGUCUUAUUCGGCAGUCACAGAGAGAGCUGUGGCUGGAAAAAUUAAUGGAGGAGAAAGAAACAGGGAAGGAGAAGGGCUCUUGUGAGGAUUGUGCUGCCCUCCUGAGAGCUCCAGGGGAGAUGGCAAAGGUGCACCCAGACCCCAUGUUCUCUGAUGACUUUUUUCUCAUUGAGCCAAUGGUGAACCUGAUCAACCAAGGAGCUCUUGAUGCUCCCUUCAGCUGCAUCCCUUCAGCCACAAAGGUGGGCUUGGGCUUCAAGUUGGCACCUCAGGAGGGCAUCAUUGCAGCAGGUGGGAGCCAGACUCUCCAGAUCUCCUUCAGUGCCACCGUGUUGGGGAGGUUUGAGGAAGAAUUCCGGUUCAGUGUGGCUGGAUCUCCUACGCCUGCCAUCCUGACCAUCAGGGGCAGCGUCACUGGACCGAGUUUGCACUUCGACCUCCCUGAGCUCGACUUCGGGGACAUCUCCUUUGGCUUUCCCUACACCCAGCGCUGCCGGCUCACUAACAGCUCCCCGGUGCCCGUGACGUUCCAGCUCCGCAUGUCGUUCGAUGGCACGCAGCCGGCUGUGGACAGCGUGGAUCAGAUCCGCUGCCACAGUGACCCAGCCUGGAGGAAGGGCGUUCACUUGUAUGUGGAGCCCCGGGAGUUUACCAUCACUCCCAGCCAAGGGACCAUCCUGCCCCAGGGACACCAGGACAUCCAGGUGACCCUGUGUUCCAACUCGGUGAUGGAGUUCUACAGGAAAAUGCUGGUGGAUCUGGAGGGUUUUGGCAAGGGAGUGGCAUCAUUGGUCAUCACAGCCAGAUGUCUUGUUCCUAAGCUGCAAGUGUCCCCCCACGUGCUGCAGUAUGAUGAGUGCCUCCUGAAGGUGCCCUACGAGAAGAAGUUCAUCAUUAGGAAUCCCAGCCACCUGCCUGGCUGCUACGGGCUUAUUGAACAGAAACGCAAGGAGGACUCUGCUGUGCUCUACUCCAGCCCCAGGCCCUGUGGGAUUGUCCAGCCUCACAGCACUGCAGAGAUCCCAGUGCUGGUGGAAGUGCAGGCGCUGGGCACGCAUCGCACCAAUGUUCUCAUCGGCGUGUUCGGGGAUGAGAGAAACCCACUGGCUUCCAGUAUCCUGCCAGUGUCAGGUGUGCUGCAGCCAGGAGAGAGCCAGCAGGUCUCCUUGCCCUUCUCUGGCCACCUCAACAGCAUCUCCAGUGCCACAGUGCUGUGCCACGUGGAGGGAGGCCCCAGCUCCGAGGUGCUGGUGCCCGGGGAGGCCUCACGUGUCAGCUGCUCCCCGAGCCCCCAGGAGAUCAACUGUGGCUCUGGGGCACCUCUCAGGGAGAGAAGGGAGCUGAAGCGGCCGUCUCCAAAGCUUGAGGAGGAGACAAAAGCCUUGGAGGAGGAAGAGAGGCAGAAGGAGAAAGAGAAGCAGAAGAAAGAAAAGAAGGGUGUCUCUAUCAGAUUGUUCACCAAGUCUCAUUCUCAAAAUAACUUCACGUGGGAACUUGUGACUGCUUAG